UCUGCUCCGUUGUCUGCGUACAACGCAAUACAGAAAAACGCGAAAGAAAUAAAUAAACAAUUAGAACGCAAAUUUUAUAAAUUUUAUUUUUGUGCAUUUUGUGCAGGAUAUAUGCAAAAUUCCGAGACGACGAUAAACAUUCUGAUUACAUUACAACCAAGUGGCAAGAAACUUAAUCACAAUGGGUCAGGACUGGCAGCAUGACUUCAUUAAAAUAAAAAAUCGCGGAAUGCACUUAUUGGCAACGGGCAAAUGGGCCGACUGUCGAUUUUUGGUGGGAACACCCCCAAACCAAAAGAUCAUUGCUGGACAUAAGCUAAUUCUGGCAAUGGCUUCGCCGGUAUUUGAGACAAUGUUCUAUGGGCACUUGGUGGAUAAAGAUGACCCCAUUGUAAUACCUGAUGUGCAGCCGGAUGCAUUUGAAGCAAUGCUGGAGUACAUCUAUUCCGAUAAUAUCAGCAUAUCGUCCUUCGACAAAGCAUGUGAAUUGUGUUAUGUGGCAAAGAAGUAUAUGCUGCCACAUGUGGUUGAGCAUUGCACCCGUUACUUGUGGUCCGAUUUGAGUCCUAAAAAUGCCUGUAGAGCAUAUGAAUUUGCCAAACUUUUCGAUGAGCCACGACUUAUGCAGAGCAGUAUGGAGCUAAUUGCCGGGCAUACCCGAGAAGUUUUGGAAGAUCCAAGUUUUUUGGACAUUGAAGUUUCCACAUUGAUGGCAAUUCUGGACCAGGAUAAAUUAAACAUUGAUUCUGAAAUGGAUCUCUUCAAUGCUUUGCUGCGUUUUGCCAAUGAGAGAAGCUUGAUAAGGGAUGACAAUGUCCAGAAUCUUCAUGAGCAGAACAAUCAAAAUAAUUCGGUAAAUGGUGGUAUAGGAUUGAUACCGGUAGAGGAGAUUAAGAUGGAGCCUGAUGUCAAUGCCAUGAUGCAAGGUCAUGAAGAGGAGUUCAGUGAGGAGAAUAACGAAGUCAAUUACAAUCAUCACCAUGAAUCUCCAUCGCCGGAUGUAGUUGUUGUGGAAAAUGAACUACCCCAUCCCGUCGCUCCGCCGGCUAAUGAUCAACCGUCGACAUCAGCUUCUGCCGCCAAUGCUGCUGCAGCUGUUGCUGCCGUUGACAAUCUAAACUAUUUUAUGGAUGAACAGCGUCUCAUGGUAGAUGAGGCCACUCUAAGGCAGGCUGUUAAGAAAAUACGUUUUCUCACCAUGACUCCACAGCAAUUUGCCGAUGGCCCGGCUCGUUCAAAGCUUCUACAGCAACAUGAAGCCUUAGCCAUACUUAUUGAGAUCUCUAGCCCAUCCAUCAAUGAUUGUCCCAUGCCAGAGGGCUUUUGCAGAUCUCGUUGCAGUCGCAACUACUAUGAACAACGUAGCAAUCAACGUGAUUUGUCUUCAUAUCGUCAUUCUAUGCCACCACCUGGCAGUGGCAACAUUUGUAGUUUCGCACCUAUGGAUUCUUCGAUGGAUCACAUCCCCGCCCAAGUUUUGGCCUCGACACGUGCUAAUCCAUGCAACAAUCUUCCGGCUUCUAAUCCCAAUCCAUUGAUGCCAAGAGUCAGUGCGGGAAUUCCAAUUAUACCAGUAAGUGACAAUGAAGUGGCCACUAACGACACCCGGCGUUCAUACUGUGUCUGCACUGGAAGUCCUCAGUUUCAUUAUCGCAAUACCAGUGUCAGUGAUUGUGGACUGACUUUUCAAGUGGACACCAAUAUUUGGAUAACUGGCGUCCAAGUACCAACUCAAGUUCUAUGCGGCGAACUUAUGAAUUCGGCUGGAUUUUCAGAACGUUACAGUGAAAUUCUCUAUGCCCACAUUCAGGAUAUGCAAGGAUCUCGUCUUAGCUAUACACAUUGUACAUCUCGUGUACGUUACGAUUCUCUGUUGGACAUCUCAUUUGAUCGCCCAGUUUAUAUCUAUCGUAAUCAAAUUUACAAAGUAUUUGUGGUCUUCAACAAAAUUGGCUGGUACCCGAUGUAUAAUUCGGUACUCGAUGUCGAAUGCAAUCGUGUCAAAUUUUCCUUCAAUGUUGGCGAUCCCAGUGAAUCGGUACGCUGUGGUCUUAUACGAGCAAUUGUAUUCUCAACUCCCCAAGAGCAUACACGACACAUUAUUGACUAAAAUUGCCAAAUGACGAUUGAAAGGCCAUAUGACUUCCGCGCAUGGAUUGAAAUUUGAAGACUACUUUUUAACUGCAAUGCAAUUAGCACACAAUUUGUUAAAAACAAGAAGUAUUUUUUAUAAAUUACGACAAUUCAAUGUAUCUCCAAUUUAUUUUCUUGUCCCACAUACACACACACAUUAAGUAUUUUUUAUAUUGUGUUAUUAUGUUUCUAUGUCUUUUGUUUUAUUGAACAAAUACCCAAGAAUUUUGUUUUCUCCAAAUCGCGUUUUAUUUUUAUUAUUAAAUCUACUUUACAUUUAUUUCUACUACGAUAAACGAAAUAUACAUAUAUUUUAUUCAAAAUUACAA